ACCGAGCUCCGACAGCAUGUCGGACACGCCUAGGAAGAGACUGCUCCUGUGGCUGGGACUGCUCUGGCUAGCGCUUCUGCAGCAGAUUAACCUAGUUUCUGGGGAGGAUGCACCGGCUUUUCAGCGCAUCUACCAAACGGAGAAGACGGUGAGACGAACUAAAGGUCUGGAGAUGCGCAGCUAUGUGAACAAUAGUAUUGAUCCCUGUGUGGACUUUUAUGCCUAUGCAUGUGGUAAUUGGCGAUCGACAUCCACACCACAGGAGCAUCACACUCAGCAAAUAGACAGGGAACUCCUCUUGCUCAUCCAGGAGAGUGUGGUGCGAGAGGACAGUCCCUUAGUGCGACAGGCCAAGGAGUUCUACAAGUCCUGCCUCACAGCUCAGGCUGAGCAGAGCCAGCAGCAGCAGCAGUUCCUCAGCGAGUUUAUUAACCAGAACGGUGGCUUUCCAGCGGUUCCCGGCUCCCAGUGGGCGGUGCACCACCACGACUACGAUUGGCUAAGGGUUCUAGGUGGACUCCGACGCCGCUACGGAAUGGAUAUCUUAAUCGGACUUCGGGUGGGCUAUAACUAUGAAAGCGUCUUCGAGAACAGCCUGUAUUUGAGUGAACCCAGCACGGUGAUUCCACGGGAAAUGUGCAUCCAAAAUCGCUCGGAUAUAAGGGAUGCAAUUUAUGCACCUUUGGAGCAUCGAGUGGCUCGUGAACUGAAGACCUGGCUGGCCUUGGGCAAUGAGGAAUCCGCCCGCCUGGCUGCAGACAUUCUCACCUUCGAGCACGAACUUUGCGGCAGUAUGAACGGCGGCUCCUUGAAUCCCUGGGAUGCCGAGGAGCAACUGUAUAGAGCGAACUACACGCGCAAGACAUUGUCCGAGCUUGGCCAGAUGUUUGAUUUAAACCUGGAAUCCUAUGUGACCGCCAGCUAUGAUCAGGUGAUCUUUAAGCCCGUCUUCAUGGCUGCUCCGGAAUACUAUCGCCAGCUAAAGCGUACAGUGGCUGCUCACAAUAUGAGUCUGGUGGCCAAUUACAUCAUGUACCGAGCGAUCUCUGCUCUGAAUUUUCCCAUAGACGAACGACCGCAGUUAAGAAAAGGACUGUGUUUGGAGCGCAUCAAGGACUUGAUGCCCAGUGCCUUGGGAGAACUAUAUGCUCGGCAGUUUGGCGCUGAAGAUACAAGGAAAGACCUGGACAGACUCUUUGAGAUACUUCAAAUGUCUCUGAGGAAAAGUCUAAGUGCAGAAUGGUUAGAGGAUGUCAGCCGACGGGUGGCCCAGAGAAAGCUGCAGGAUCUGAAGUUGCAGCUGCCCAGCUAUGAACGUCCUCCUGCCCUCAAACUGCAACUGGAACGUGCCAACUAUUGGAGCAAUCUGCGUCAGCUGUUGGAAGCGGUUCAGUCCCAGCGAAUGAACCAACUCUUUGAGGAAUUCCCGCUCAAACCCCACGAUCCCGUGGAGGCUUUUGAAGCCAGAGUUUGCCUCCGACCGGUGCAGAGACGCUUGGACAUGGGACUAGCCUUGCUCCAGCCGCCAGUCUAUAACCAUCACUAUGGUCACCCAUUCCGGUAUGCCACCUUGGGCUUGAAGCUGGCCCAGGAGUUGGUCACAGCUUUCGAUGAUCUCCACUGGUCGGUGGGGCUGCUCGAGCGCGAUAAUUGGGAUGGCGAAACCGCCUGGAAGUACCAUCUCCGAAGCGAUUGCUUCAGCCGACAGGUGGAACACUAUCUGAGGGCUAACAUGACCGCCACCCGGCAGCUGAUCAAGGACAGUGCAGCCUUGAACGUUGCCUUCCAGGCCUAUCUCAUCUGGCUCGGAUUUCAGGAACCCAACAAUGACUUGGAUAUGCUACUCAAUGAGACGCUACCAGGAAUGGAUUACACAAAUACCGCCCUCUUCUUUGUGGCCUAUGCCCAGCAGCAUUGCGACCUGGAAGAGUUUCGUCCGAAAGAUGACCAGACGGGAACCGGAGGAUGGCUUUACAGUGCGCGACAGAAUCACACUUGGACGCGGCUCCGAGUGAAUGGACCUUUACGCAAUUCAGCGGAGUUUGCUAGAGAUUUUCGGUGUCCCAUUGGUUCGCCCAUGAAUCCCGCCACCAAGUGCAGUAUAUACUAAGAAGGAUUUCUCUACAAAUAACCAUUUAAAUAUAUACCGAAAUAAUAUA